AUGAAUCAUUCAUUUAAUCCAUUUAUGAUUAAUCCGUUCAUGCAGGUGCCAAUGAUGAAUACGAUGAUGGGAGCACCGCCAAUGCAAAUGCAGCAACCUCCUACUACACCACAGCAUCAUAGCCACUUGCAUCAUCCGGGUACACCCUCGACGCCUGGUAAUAGCAAUAAUGCCAACACGGUCCACCAGACUGAGGGUCCGGGUUUGAUGCAACACCAAAAGGAAAAGUAUGGAGCCCAUCUCUUUCAAAAGAAUGAUGAUGGCUCGUAUACCUGUUUCUUUGCUGGGUGCGGUAAGCAGCUAUCGGCCAACUUUUCACGUCAUAUAUCACGUCACGAACAGGAUGGAGAUCCACUCGACCCGUCAGUCGAGAUCCGUGGCACAUAUGUUGCAUCCCCACCCAAAACACCUACACACCAUGGACACGGAUCAUCGACGCCUGGUGCCCACAUGGCAACACCUAAUGGUAUGUGGUGGCUGACCAGUCCCGUCCUCCCCCAAACCGAGUUUUACAACCGUGCCAGCAAGUGCAAAAAGUGCUACAUCCGUCAACAACAAGAUUCCAAGAGAAAUAGACUCAACCAAGGAUCGACCAGUCUCAGUCACAUCAUGUCUGCCGCAUCCCACCAUUCCAAUUCUAUGGAUGAUCAUCCUACUCCAACUAAAAGUAUUUACAAGACAAGCAAGUUUACCACCAGUUUUGACUCCAAUCAAACCACAACAACCUAUAUUACCUUUGGUGAUCCAACCACCCGUGUUGACACCACAUCAACAACACAUGUUGAAGCAACAGCAGUUGCACCAACAACACAUUGCCCACCAGUCGAUUGUGGCAAGCGGAUCACUCAUGUCGGCGCCUGCACCACAGACGGUCAACAAGCUGCCAUUCUCGCGUCCCAAGCGCGAGCCGACCCUCGCCGAACUCAACAACAUUGUGUUGGGCAAGUGUCGCGAGAUUAUGGCCACACUGCUCAAGGAUCCACGUUCCAAGCCGUUCCGUGA